CUGGCAUCGCCUCACAUCUUUUAGGUGACAUAUAUAGGAAUUGCCAUUUUAGCUGAGUGACUUGGUGGAGUGAACUGGUGAUCAUGACGCUGAGGAUCAGACCUUGCUUAGCUGUUUCAGCUAUAUCUGGUGUGGUGUCCUAUUACAUGCUGAAGAGUUUAGCAUGUACGGAUCAGUUGUCAUUGCAACGGAGAUUACUAGCAGGAAUGCUUGGAUGCGUGACACUGGUGUUGGCAGUCCUUGCGCUGGAUUACAGCCGCCACUGGCCCGUUUCUAGCUUGCACUCCAACGUUUCUGCUGUCUGUCACUACCUGCAGAAGAAGUUCUUCUUACUGAUUGGCUGGUGGAACUACCGUCAGCUCAUGUUGGCCACCUCCAACGUCAAGCAGGCCCAAGAGAAGUUUCUGCUGGACAGGCUAGCCAAGCAGGCCGGCACAGAGUAUGGAAAACGCUAUAACUUCAGUGAAAUACGAACACGCGAGGACUACGUUAGAGUUCACCCACUAACAGACUUCAGUCAUUAUAAGGACUAUGUCGACAGAGUAGCAAAGGGCGAAGAAAAUGUGCUACUUCCAAAACGACCUAAAAGGAUGGCCGUCAGUUCAGGAACAUCUGGUGUGUGCAAGAUGAUUCCAGUCUGCGAUGAAGCCUUCACACAGUUUGCUCUGAAAAUGUUUGCUCCAAUGUCGUAUGUUAACCAAAGUAUGAAGAAGAACUCCGAGCUGACACGAGAGUUGUUUCUAAUGUACACACCCAGGUGGCGACACACAGAAGCAGGCAUUCCCAUUGGACCAAUUUCUUCCCUUGACAAGCGAAUGAAGGGAAUGGAUUUGCUGAUGGCAGGAUACAGCUCACCGUCAGCCAUCUUGGAGGUGCUAACAGAGAAUGAGGCAAACUACCUACAUUUGCUCUUCGCACUGAAAGACAAACAUCUGUCUGCCAUCAAUUCUAACAUUCUCCUCGCGAUCUACUAUAGCAUUCGUUUACCUUGCAGAACAAUUGUAACUUGUUCCUCUACGACGCAGCUGAUUCGAGCGGACGAGGACAGGGGGCGCCAGCUGCGAGCAGAAUUCUUGCGAGGCGUUGACGGUAACGCGGAGCUUGGAUUGAAGGUGCAUGUGGAUAUGGUUUUCAGCGAUAAUGCAGACAUAUACAAAGCUAUGGUAGACAUGUUCUCUACCCUGGUCCACAAAAAAGAUAAGCUGAGGGCAGAUCCCGAGCGUGCCCGUGAGCUCGAAGUACAAUUUGCUCGUGGAUUCAAAGGGAUCUGCACUCGCCUCUGGCCGCUGUGCGGAGUGUUGACGGCCGUGGCGACGGGAGCGAUGGAACUGUACGCCGACCUGCUAGUGAAACAUUCCUACUGCAGCGGCACUCGCAUAUUCUCACCGCUGUGCGGCGCGUCCGAGGGCAACAUAGGACUCAACCUUUGGCCCCUCGAUGGGAACAACUACUACCUAAUGCAUGUCAACACCGCAUUCUUUGAGCUGAUCCAUGAGUCCGAGAUAGAUAAGGAAGUGCCGGCCACCAUCUUUCUUGAAGAGGAAUUUUCUGUCUGCAUUGCAUUCUGCAGCAGAAUUUUGCAUCUGCAUUGCAUCUGCAUCUGCAUUGCAUUCUGCAUCAGGAUCCCUAUCACCCUGGUCUUGUCUACCCCAUCGUGCAUCCCUACUCUACAGUCUGCAACCCCCAUGCUAGCUGUCUGCCACCCGUUAGCUGCUAUUUUCGUCUUCCACCCACCCGUGUAG